UGCUAUUCUUCUAGGUUAGGCACAAAUUUAAAAUGAAUUCAAAUUUGAGAAAUUUUGGAUUGAAUUUUAAAAGAACUUUACGAAAACUUAAUAAACAUUAUACAAAAAUAAAUCAGUAUAAUACUGCCAAAGAAAUUCAGAGUGUGUCCAUUGAAAAAAUACGAAAUAUAGGAAUUUUGGCUCAUAUUGAUGCAGGCAAGACAACCACAACAGAAAGAAUGUUAUUUAUAACUGGAUUAAUUCAAAAUAUGGGGGAAGUUCAUCGUGGAAAUACAGUUACUGAUUAUAUGGAACAAGAACGUGAAAGAGGAAUUACUAUUACGUCAGCUGCUGUAACAUUCUACUGGAAAAAGAUCCAGUUCAAUCUAAUUGAUACUCCAGGUCACAUAGAUUUCACGAUGGAAGUAGAACAAACACUUAAUGUGUUAGAUGGAGCUAUUGUAGUUCUUGAUGGUACUGCUGGAGUUGAAGCACAAACAUUAACAGUGUGGAGACAAGCUGAAAAAUAUAAGAUUCCUAGAAUUAUUUAUGUGAAUAAGAUGGAUCGAAGUAAUGCAAGUAUAGUGCUUUCAUGUGAAACUAUUGAACAAAAGCUACAAAUUCCAUAUUUAUUACUACAAUUACCUGUAAUUGAAAAUAGAAAAUUAACUGGCAUAAUAGACAUAAUAACUAUGGAAUUAAUUACGUAUGGAGCAGAAAACAUUAAAUUAAUUGAAAGAAUUCAGUUAACUGAAAAAAACUUUCCGAAACACUUUGAAGAGGCUAAAUUAGCUAGAUCCAAAUUAGUAGAUAAAUUAUGUAAUUAUGAUGAUAAUUUAGCAGAUCAGGUCUUGAUUUCUGAAUCUUUAGAUAAUAUUCCAACAACUGAUAUUGUAAAAUCUUUGAGGACAGUAACAAAAAAUCAGACUGCAGUUCCUAUAUUGUUAGGGAGUUCCUACAAAAAUGUAGGAGUGCAAAAUUUAAUGGAUGCUGUUAUUUUGUAUCUACCUGCACCAAAUGAAAAAAACACACUUUUCUCAUCAUUUGAGGACAAUUUGUGUGCAAGGGCAUUCAAGGUUAUCCAUAAUAGGCAAAAGGGACCACUGGUAUUUUUAAGGAUAUAUAAUGGGCAAAUAAAAAGAGGGCAGAAAAUUUAUAACAUUAAACAAGACUGUUCAGAACAAAUAGGAAAAUUAUUUGUGGCAUAUGCCGAUGAUUUUAAAGAGAUUGAUUCCAUUGCCAAUGGAAAUAUAGCUGUGGUAACAGGAGUUAAAAAAGUAAUGUCUGGUGAUUUAAUUACAACUUCAAACAAUGCUAGUCAAAAAGCAAAGAACAACAUUCUUAGAAAAAACAAAGAUAGGACUAUGGAAGAAAAAGAUAUAAACAAGAUAUUUGGCAUUGGUGUUGCAAUACCAGAACCUGUAUUUUUCAGAUCAAUUGAACCACCAAGUGCUAGUAGUCAGACUCAUUUAGACCAAGCAUUAUCAGAGCUACAAAGGGAAGAUCCUAGUCUUAGAGUUACAUACAAUUCAGAAACUGGACAAACCAUACUAGCUGGAAUGGGGGAAUUACAUUUGGAUAUAAUAAAAGAUAGAAUUAUGAAACAGUAUAAAUUAGAGGUUGACUUGGGCCCUUUACAAAUAGCUUACAAAGAAACACCUACUGAGAAACUAACUGAUACAUUAACUGUUGAGACCAAAAUUGGUUCUAGCAAACAAUUUAUAACUGUUAAGUUAACCUUACAACCCAUUGAUGAUUUAACACAUUCAAAUGAAGUACUAAAAUUAGAUAAAAGUCCUGAAUAUGCUAGUAAUAUUGCUAGUAUAUUUCCUAAACAUUUGGUAGCAGUAAGACAAGGUGUGGAAGUUGGAUUGUCGCAUGGUCCUAAAAUCAGCUGUCCUGUAAUUAAUGUGCAAGUUAUAUUACAUUAUUUAGAAGUUGGUAGAGGAACAUCUGACACAAUGAUAACUGCAACAGUGACUCAACUGAUACAAAAGAUCUUGAAACAAGUGAAUACCUAUAUUUUAGAACCUGUAAUGAGUUUAGAAGUUGUAACCCCAGAAGAACAUCUAUCAGUAAUUGUUGCUGAUUUAUCUAGAAGAAGAACAAAUAUUAACAACAUAGGAAUGAGAGGUAACUCCAAAGUAGUUCUUGCUAACACUCCAUUAUCAGAACUAUUAGGGUAUUCUACAAUAUUAAGGACAAUAUCAUCUGGUACAGCUACUUUUACUAUGCAGUUUUUGGAUUGCACAAAAAUGUCACCGGAGUUGGAAAUGUUGGCUAUUAAAAGUGUUAGAGGUUUUUAAUGUUAAAUUAGACUGGUACAAAGUGCUAUAUUUAUAUUUCUUUAAAUUGUUAUCUGUGAUAUUAUUGAA